AUGGCCACCAAUACGCUUCAUAUCAACAAUACACAGCUCCACCCUUCUACCUUCCUCCUAGUGGGGGUCCCAGGGCUGGAAGAUGCACAUGUAUUGAUUGGCUUCCCCUUCUUUGCAGUGUAUCUAAUAGCCCUUCUAGGGAACAUCACUAUCCUGUUUGUGAUACAGACUGAACGGAGCCUCCACCAACCCAUGUUUUACUUCCUAGCCAUGUUGGCCUGCACUGAUCUGGGCUUGUCUACAGCAACCAUUCCCAAGAUGCUGGGGAUUUUCUGGUUUAAUCUUGGAGAGAUUGCAUUUGGUGCCUGCAUCACACAGAUGUAUACCAUUCAUAUAUGCACUGGUCUGGAGUCUGUGGUACUGACAGUCAUGGCCAUAGAUCGCUAUAUUGCCAUCUGCAACCCCCUGAGAUACAGCAUGAUCCUUACCAACAAGGUAAUAGCCAUUCUGGGUAUAGUCAUCAUUGUCAGGACUUUGGUGUUUGUGACUCCAUUCAUAUUUCUCAUCCUGAGAUUGCCUUUCUGUGGUGUCCGGAUUAUCCCUCAUACCUAUUGUGAACACAUGGGCUUGGCAAAGUUAGCUUGUGCCAGUAUUAGAGUUAAUGUUAUAUAUGGAUUGAUUGCCUUCUCAGUGGGAUACAUUGACCUUUCUGUGAUUGGAUUUUCCUACGUCCAAAUCCUCCGAGCUGUCUUCCAUCUCCCAUCCUGGGAUGCCCGGCUUAAGGCACUCAGCACAUGUGGCUCUCAUGUCUGUGUCAUGUUGGCUUUCUACCUGCCAGCCCUCUUUUCCUUCAUGACACACCGCUUUGGCCACAACAUCCCUCGUUACAUCCACAUACUUCUGGCCAAUUUGUAUGUGGUUUUUCCCCCUGCUCUUAACCCUGUUAUCUAUGGGGUCAAGACAAAACAGAUAAGAGAGCAGGCACUUAGGAUACUUAAACCUAAAAGUUUUUGACAUUUUGCCCCCAAGAGGAUCUUUCACAACAAUUCAAUUAGACAAUAA